UUUUCUACUAAAUAAUCAUGUCAUGCAAAAUUCAUCUGGCUCAUAUUGCCGUCAUCGUAAACAAUACUUGACUGUAUUGAAUUCGCACUGGACGAUAAUGAAGAUCGAACGAAAUAUUUGUAGGAUGUGGGUUACUACGUUGUGUACAUUUUGGAUUCUUGCAUCGACUAAUGUUCUUGCGGUAUCUCAAGAAUCAAGAACAACGUCACAGUCUGGGCAACCACGACAAGACGAAGAAAUUGGGCCGGUACAACAAGUUGGAGAAACGUUGGCCGGUGUGUCCAGUUUGCUGACGAGUAUUUUCAAUGGUUUGGCCACAUUUCCGGUCAACACGGUCCAUGCCGCAUUGAAACAACAGGCAGAUCAAAAAACGGCAGAGGCUCAGCAACAGGCUGCAAAAAACGCAACCAUGAAUGCGACAAAGAUGGCAGGUGGUGGUCUUGCAGAUAUGAAGGCGCAACCUCCACACGAAAUCCAAUAUUUGCAAACGCAGAAAUUUCCACCGCCCCCACAAGUGAUCCAUCAACCUGCACCGCCGGAAGUCAUCCAUCAGGCACCACCACCACAAAUCGCACAUCAGCCCGCACCGCCACAAAUCCAAAUUAUCACUGCAGCACCAGUGGUGGUAACGACGACAACGGAGGAUGUCGACGAAGAUGGAGAUGAGGACGAGGACGCCAAGAAAUUGAAAUUAACAAAAGCUUGACAUGUGUAUUGCUUUAAUUGAUAACCGCUUUAAUCUACUGGAAUCAAAAAUCCUUAUGAAAAUUUUACCUUAAUAAAGCCUAGACUUCAUAGACUUCA